CAAAAUUUAGUCUGUCUCGAAACCGAAUUAAAAAUUCUAAAUAUUCUUAAAAGCCAUCAAUUGUUUAGGGGAAGGCAAACGGUUUCGCAAAUAGUCUCUAAAUAUUUUAAAAUUUCAAAGUGCACGUUGCUUUGCAGCAAAUUCGUAUUCGUUAAUUUUUUCUUUUUGUUUAAUUUGUCUUGGAGGUAAUUUGUACUUGGAACGCACUAUGUCUGCCAAAGUUUGCUGCAAGUGCCAUGAAGCCGUGUCCCGUCGAGCGAUCAAUGCGCUGGGCAAGAUCUAUCAUCCGCAUCACUUCACGUGCAAGGAAUGCGAUAAGCCCAUAGUUGACGCCGUGUUCAAUGUGCAAAAAGGCGAGCCGGUGUGCCAAUCGUGUUACCAGGAGAAAUACGCCAGCAGGUGUCAUUGCUGUGGCACGCUUAUAAUGGAGCGUGCUAUUGUCGCCGCCAAGCGCAAGUGGCAUGAGAAGUGUUUUCGCUGUGUACGCUGUCGCAAGUCAUUGAUAAAGUCAAAUUUUUUCGAAGUCAACGGCUAUUUAUUUUGCAAGCACGACUACCGGAAACUCUUCUCGUCUCGUUGCGCCAGCUGCGAGCAACCAAUUGGUGGUAAUGCCACCAUUGCCCUGAAUACCAAGUGGCAUGCUGAAUGCUUCCGGUGCCUCUGCUGUCAGCAGCCGAUCGGUGGGGAUUUUGCUAUUUACAACGGAGAUCCUGUUUGCGCGAAUUGUGUUAAUCGGUUCUCUGUAUAUUAGUUCUCAAGUCAAUACAACAUUUCAUUAUACCCAUACAAAACAAAAUCAUACCACCAUUAUAAGAAUACUUAAUUUUACUACGCACGAAUAAAAAAAAAAAACA